AUGUGUUUCUCCUCAGAGUUCCACCAGGACUUGUCUGUAGGAGGCUGCUCUCACACAGACUCAGAUGAUGAUGUUCAGCAGAUGUUCAGUCUGGACCAGGAGGUGUACUGGUAUGCAGACUUUAAGAACCACAGAGGAGUAGAACCUCAGCCUGACUUCAUUGGACAUGUGACUGUAGUUGGAGGGUAUGAGCAGGCACUCCAUGAACGAGAACUCUGCAAGAGAAACCUGAAGGUGGUGAAGAAGGGCAUGAGGGACCUGCCGAUGAACCUGGAGCCCCCGUCUCUGCUGGUGCUGUACCCCAGGACUCCUCUGCGUGUGGGGGAGAAGAACCUGCUGCUGUGUCUGGCCUCUGGAUUCUACCCGGCUCCGGUCCGGUUCUUCUGGACCGUGGACCAGAGGAACCUCAGCUCCUUCACCGUGUCCCAGGUCUUUCUUCAGGAGGAUGGAUACUUCUUCCAGCUCUCCAGACUGGAGCUGCUCCCACAGGACGGACAGAUGUACAGCUGCAGAGUGGAGCACCCCGCUGUGAGGACCACCCACAUGAUGACACGAUUCUACACGGUGGAGGAGCAGCGCCCCUCUGUGGCCUUCACUGUGUUCUGCGCUCUGGGGCUGGUCCUGGCUCUGGUGGGCGUGGCCGUCGGGACCUUCUUCUUCAUCAAAGGGAAAGCACGCCGCUGCUGAUUGGACAGAAGCAGUGAUGUCAUCAGUGAUGUCACUGAUCUGUUUGUGUGUGUUGUGUGUUUGUGUGUAGAUAAUGAUUUAAAGAUGUAAUGUUCUUGUAUUGACUUCUGAAAGUGGGAGGAGCUUCACUGUUGCCAUGGUACUGGAACUUUAAAUAAGAAAUGUUCAACAAACUAAAGUCGUUUUGGGCAAAGGUCUUUAUGACUGUCCAGGAGGAAAUGUUCCCCUCAGCUCCAAACGAAGCCUCAGAGCUUCAGCACACUCCAAAUAGACUCCAUGAGCUUCAGAGUUUAUCCUCACCUCUUCACUUCACAGAGCACAUCCCAGAAAGUUUCUCAUCCUCCACCUCCUGAGUCAGUUCACUCCUGGUACGACCGGCUCGUGGUUCACUCUCCAACCUUCCUGAAAACAAGAGUGGUGUUUAACUAACAGCCCACUGGACUCCAGUUCCAUCCCAAUGUGUUUUUAUCCAAAUGAUUGUAGUUGAUCUGAUCCAAAGUGAAGCUUUCACAUUUUUCCAAACUGAAAACUGAAGGUGUCCCUCACAAAACGACAUCUCAUUCUGGACUGAACUUUAUUUUCCACACAUCAUUUGUCAUCUGUAGAGCCCAGUCUAGAGUCUUUUAAACAUGAGUCACUGAUUUGAAUCAAAAUGUUAUUCUGGUCGUUUAUUUUAACUCAU